CAAGAUUAGAAGAAACCAUGGUAGGGAUGAGGCCUUCACGAUAAAGACAAACAUUGCUGGACCUCGUUCUUCUCCUCCCGAGUUCGCUUCUCGCGGUCCGUUAUGUCUUUGAGCCUGCUCCCCCUCUCGCCAUGCCCGCUGCUGAACGCUACCUGCCGCCGCUGCUGCUCUUUCUGCCGUCGUUGCUUUUGAUUUCCUGCCUGGAUGGGGCGGUGAGAGCAGCGGAGGGCGGCGGCCUGCCCUCCUCGCCCGGGGACAAUGGAGUCAUCGCCGCGGCUGGAGACCCGUCUUCUACAUACCCGACCGACCCGGGGCGAUUUCUCAGCCCCUCGGCUCUGAUAGCAGAGUCCCAGUUUGCUCUAAAAGUCCUGGUGAGGGAUGUGGUGACCCGUCAGCCGCUGUCGGGGGCUUCGGUGGAUGUUUAUGUGAACCACACUCUGAGGAGCUCUGACCGAACGGGGGCGAGAGGCGAGGUUCUGCUCUGGGUGGCGUACAGUCCAGGCCUCAGUCUGACAUUACUGGGCAACAUGGAAGGCUACGUCCCCCGCCCGCUGCCGUGGAGCACCAGCAAGAGACCAAUUUUCUCUGCUGUGACCCUGCUGCUGCUCCCUCACAGUCAGGGGAACGUCUGGCUGUUUGAAGACUCAGUGCUCAUCACUAGAAAGCUACCUGACAGUUCAUCCCAGCCUAAAGUUAAAUUCCCCAAGAACCUCCUCACAAUCUCUGAUAAGAGCAACAUCUCCUCAGUGACAGCGUAUCUGACUGUACCACAGCACCAUCUAGCUAAAGACUGCGCCAACUGCACCCCAGGCAUCAUCAGCAACAAAUCAGUGUUCAGAAGCAUCGAGCUGAAGGCGGUGGCAGCCGUCAGCGUCCUGCUGUACUCGGGUGAUGAGGAGCUCCAGGUCCGUGGGCCCAUUCAAAUCAGUCUGCCUCUGGGACACAACACCCUCCUCCGGGCUUCUGAUACCGUCCCAGCCUGGGCCUUCAACCUAAAGACGGGUGCCUGGGAGAAUCAGGGUCUUGGAAUAGUGAAAACUGUUGGCAAUGAACUGGUUUGGACUUACACCGCUUCCCAUCUUGGCUACUGGAUCGCUGCAGUACUGCCCUCCUCAAACGAUUAUCUGGGACAUGGAAGCACUAUGGAUUUCAUAUCAUACCACACCUACUUGUUAAUUGGAAUACUGGGAGGAACGCUGGCUAUAGUGAUCGGAUUUCUUUCCUUGCUGCUGUGUCACUGCGGAGGUUCUCAUCGAGAGCCCAGGAGGAGGAGAGCGCGCUUUUCUAAACUCGCAGUUUUGAAAAAAGACCAAACUACCUCCACCCACAUGGAGGAGGGUUUGUUGUUCCGAUCCGGUGACAACAGCCUCGCCUCCUGCAGUGUCCAGUGUGAACCCUCAUCCACGCCGAGACACAAAGCCAACUACAAUAUCUAUGUGGAGGAUCCAGGGUGUCGCCCGGCGGCUCCUCUUUAUGAGAACAUCGCUUCAGAUCGCAUCAAAGGUCCCCAGCAGCCACCUCACUACAUCAACAGUGAAGAUGUAGCUCGGCUUCGGGAGAAGUCAGAGCAAAACCGUGCCAACAUGAAUGACAACUUCUUUCAAGAUAAGCUGGUUCAUAUCUAUAACCAGCCGGUGGCCAUUAUUCAGGCCCCAGAGCUUUUCAGUGCUCAGGAGCAGCAACUGUCAGGCUGCAAGGCUGCCACUUUCCCCCGCAAUGGAGUCGAGUAUGAUGCUCACUCCGAGCCUGCAAGUAAAGACAGCUACACCCAGACACUACCCAAAGUCCCUCACCAUCACUCCCAGGGUGGAAGCAGCACACAGCAGAGCAGCCAAGAUGAGCCUCAGCCUCUGGAGACUCCUCCCCAAGGCCAAGGCCCUAACACUAGUGUGUGGGGACGCUACAGUAAUCUCCUCGAAUCCUCUGUCUCUGUACCUGGGACUCUAAACGAGGCAGCUGGUAUGGAGGCUUUCAGCAGUGGGCACGGUGUGCCCAGUGAGCUGCAGGGGAUCUCGGAGCGCACGUUACUGGAGCUGACCCGGGGCAAGUCUUCAUCAUCUCACCCCAGGGCCUGGUUUGUCUCAUUAGAUGGGAAGCCGGCUGCACAGGUCCGCCACUCCAUCAUUGAGCUCCAGAGCCGCCACCGCCCGCCGAGCAGCAACGACACCAGCCUGGACUCAGGGGUGGACAUGAACGAGCCUCAGCAGAACAUCCGCGAGACAGAGCGUGACAGGCCUUCGAUCAGGGCGUCCUCUUUGCCACACCACAGCCGAGGGGGACGGUAUGGCGAAGAACAGGACCUGAGCAGUAGUGAGAGUGGCAAUACUGCUACCUGUACACCAGAGGACCCUUCCCUGAGGAACAUUUUAGACGGGAGCAGUGGGGCUAUUCCCAAUAUUCCCGAGGAGCGCGACGGGAUGGAUACAUCUAGCGCUCAGGAGGACAGUGAGUCGAGAGGUACGCCACCUCCACGGCGCCUGAGGAAGGUGAGGGAGAAGGGGAAGACGGAAAAGAGGAGUGCCAAGCACGUCCGUGAGGGGAGACCUCUGACAAAGAGAAGUUAGGGGAAUGGCUGAUUAUUGCAUACACCCAGACAAGCGUUCAAAUUUUCAUUUAAAUGUUCUAUCAGCCAUUUGACCCAUAUUGAGCUUCAUCACAUGGUGUCAUAAGUGCUGAGUGAUCCAAAUUAGUUUUUGCCACUUGUGCUCACACAGGCAUUGUUGUUGUUAAGUUAUGUGAUUGUACAACUUUGCCAAAGAAUGCAUAAGCUAGCUAAAGAAAUAAAGCAGGAUCUAUGUCAUGUUGAAGCAUUAUGUAGCUGCUGUUAGACAAGUUUCUGCACCAUGUUUUCCUCAUCCUCCCCAAUCUGAAGAUCACCAGCGAGAUUCUUCACAGCAAAAUGUCCGUGUGAACACGUUAUCCCAUAGUCCCCGGUACUGGCAUUAAAGAGGGUGCCUUCUUACUGCCUGUAAUCAUAAAAUAUGAUUACAUAAGGCACGGUAUUUGUCUACAUUUAGUAAAAUCUGGUAAGUUUGCAGGAAAGACACAGAUACAGGUCAAUGUGUAGUGCACUUAUCCUCACCAUAAAUGCCUGCUGUAAAUUAAAUAAGAUACAGAAGCUUUCCCCGUUUGUCGUGCUGACAUCUUGUUUUGAUCAUCUUGACUCAUUUCACUUAGAAAGACACUCUGGGGUUCACGAAGCGAUUCGGUUAUGUCAUUAUCAGAAUCAGCUCUCACAGAAAAAUAAAUAAGAAAAUAAAAAAAGUUUUUAACUCAUGACAUAAAAUCAGAUUUGCUAACAGCUAAUCUGAUUGUGAGUGAAAUAAUUUAGUUUCCACUUUCCACCUGUGGCUGACUCCAACCUCGGACCCUGAUGGAUUUUGGAGUAAAACACUGGUAUACAUUGUAAAGCUAAGCUGCCAUUUGACCACACUUGAUAUUCAAGGCUGUAAGCCUACAGUUGUUUAAGAAUGCAUGAAAAUGGAUGUUUCCUCGUGUGUACGAAAAUAUUUUGCAUUUUACUUUAGGGCUAACUUUAGGGUUACGUCAUCAUAGCUGUUAGAUUACUUGGUGACUGGAUGAUUCAUUUCAUUAAAAAGGAGACUCAGUGUUCUGCUCCCAAUUGUGAGUAACUGUUACAACAAUAACACCCCGGACUUACACUAUGAGAAUGGUUAUCACAACGCAAGAAUCACAUGGACAGAUCCAAAUAACACAAUUAUUACCCACAUCCAGGGGCACCACAGCAAUUGGCACUUAAAAAAUGGUAAUGUUUGCUUUAUGAGAUUCAUUUUUUGUGACUGGGAAGUGUCUGGAAAAUCAGAUUGCUUGUCUGAAGAAACCCAUGGUACAACAAGCCACUGUUAACAGCCUAAUAAAAACAGUAAUUGCUGAUUGCUUGGAGGGGGGCUGUUAAAUUGCAUACAACUGCACUGCUGUGAGGCAACAAUUUGAUACAUGAGGUAAAUAUUCACAAUUUAUAGUCUUAAAUGAAGAAGCUGAAACCCUCUCACUUGGCAUCCCAAUGCAUGCAUUAUUAUUAUUUUUGUUUUUAAUAACUGGACUGCUGGUCGUGUACAGUAUUAUCCCCUGCAACUAUGUUCUUGAUAACACUACACGUAAACAGCUGGUGCCUUGUAGAUUUGCUUUUACCACCUAUUUCCCUAAAACUCUUGAUACUGAUCCCAACAAAAAAUAUGUUUAAUUGCUGAUUAGUUUGGCUACCUUUUUUUUUUUUUUGCUUCGAGCGGCAUAAACUGAAGACAGAAUGAAAGUUUUAAACAUAUUUUUCAAAUGAAAGUAACUAUAAGAUGGAUUGUCAAAUUUUGUUCAUUCAUGUCCCCACACAGGAUUAAUUUUUAUCUUUUUUGGUGAUCCCUUUCCUUGCCAUCUAGUGCCAUCAUCAGGUCAAAAUUUCAGUGAAUACUUAAUUCCCGGCAGCCUCAACUGUACUUGUGUUAAGUCUUGUACUUGUGUACUUUGUGUUUAGUGCUAAUUAGCAAAUGAUCGCAUGCUAACAUGCUGAAAGAAGAUGGUGAACAUGGUAAACCUUAUGUUGGCAUGCUGACAUUAGCAUUUAGCUCAAAGCACCACUCUGACUAAAUACAGUCUUGCAGAGCUGCUGGCACGGCUGUAGACGCAUAGUCUUGCUUGGGUUUAACAAAAUUUUUAACAAUUAUUUAUACAGACACACGUUUCACUUAAGUAAAAUGUCAAACAACAAUGUCACAUGUAUGCCUGCCUUUCAUAUCUGUCCUCUACCAAUUGAUAUGGCAGCUUUUGUCUUGAGUCAAUUAAAGCACACCACACUUUAAUAUGUGCCCACUUGUUACACUGGCACACAACAUUCCCAGAAACGUAUGAAAUCUUCAGUGUGUAAAUAUUACAAUGAUUACAACAAAGAAAACUGAUAUCAUUGCCUGUAUGUGAUAAAGUUUGGCAAAAAAAAAAAAACUCACCAUGAAUACCAGAAAAUGAUUCCACUAGCAAUAUUUAUCAUAAAUUAAAAUUUAAAAACAAACUCUGCAGUGACAGUUUUGCCAUAUUUAGUCUUCCGUCACAGUACUAUAGUGUGUUUUUGUUUCUAUGUAUAUAGUAAAGCAGCAUUUUAUGUAUUAUGUGACUGUGACUUCAUUUAAUUUGGGCUGUUCUUCCAUCUAACAGCAAAGGUCUGCGAGGUGCAUCAGUGCUUUUCACUGAACGAUUGAAUGACAGAGUUUUUAAGCAACUGUCAUUUGAGAUGUGUUAUCAAUGUGAAUUCUUUUAAGGUUAGUCUAAAGAGUGAGUGUCUUUUCAUGGGAGUGUACAAAAAGCCUGAGCUUUGUAUUUUUUAAAUGUAGCAACAAGUUGAGCACUUAAUCAUUCAGUAUGCUAACAAAUGAAAAAUACUCCUGCUCUCCUGCUAUCCUUCAGCUUGAAAACACAGUAUAUCCCAGCUUCAACAGCAACAUGAGGAGUAGUUUGUGAAUACUUUGUGCUGAUAAUUUCUGAAAGCAAAUCAAACCUACUGCCACUCCCAUUUCAAAGUGAUCUCUCUGAAUGUAUUUGUAUUGAUUUUUAAUGUGUUCUAUAGUGUGCUCCUCUUGUGUCUAGCCAUUGAACCUCACAGGCUUUUGUUUCUUCCAAAAUGGGCACCUCUUGUGUUUACCUCUGUAAUAAUGGUAGUGUUAUUAG